AUAAAAUCCGACUACAUCACCUCUCUCGGGGUCGGCUCACAUUUCUCCUCUGUCUGAUAAACCCCACACACACACACAGCAAAACAGAAAGAACCAAAACCUCUGAAAAGCCUAAGUAACUAACCAAACAACUAUGGAAUCGUCCGAGAACUACGUCAAUCACGGCACUUCAUGGACCGCCGCAACUAACUGGACCAUCGCCGCUGGCUCUCUCGUUAACUCAAUCACUUUCAAUAAUGAUCACCAUCAAAUCUCCCCUGUCGAUUCUAAAUCUAAAUCUCCUCUUAUCCUCUACGCUCCUACACCUGAUUCCUCUCCCUGCGAGAUCACUUGUAAUUUUACACAAAAACAUGAGGUGAGACAGGUUUAUGUUCGAAGUACUGCUCGAGUUUAUGAAAUAUACCAUGCUCCUGAGCUGCGGAGCAGCAGUGAGUAUUUGUGCACUGUUUGCUGUGGCAUUGCUGCUGCUAGAAGUGAUGAGGUGCAGCACGCUACCAAUAUUGAAGAAGCUGUUUUGGCUCAUGCAAGGAGUUCCAUUCAAGAACUAGCUGAAGAGAAACUCAGAAAUGGUAGAAGCCUAACCCCCAAUGAAAAUGACUGGUUUGAAGUGAAAGUUCUUUAUAGUCCCCUGGUCAUCAACAGAAACAGUUCUUCACCAUCAAAUUCUGACAUAAACCCAAAGAGAAACUCACAGGACUUGUAUGAGGCUGCAGCAGAGAUCACUGAUGCAAAAACUUCCAUAUCCCUUACACUCAGGCUGCUUUCUCUUAAGAAUAACGGUUAUGUUUGUGUUGAUGAAGUUUAUGUAUUUGGUGAUCCUGUCGACGCAAGUAGUUUGGAUAAUCAAGUGGGUCUAAUGGAAAACUCUGCUGGAAGUUCACUUAUGGCCAUGCUUGUACCUCCCUUUUUUCAGUUGCCUAAAACAAAGGGUAUUGGUGGAGGAGAAGAUAAAUACAAUAUUGAUACAAGGGAAAGGCAAGAGUUGCAGGAAAUUGGGUCAAAAGAAGCUGUUCCAGUUGAUGUCGAGAAGAAAAUUCAGGAGGAAGUGAGGUUGCACAAAGUUGUUGGGCCUACUUCCAAACCAGUCCAGCAUGAGAUCGUCCAACAAGUUUCAAAUACAGAGAGCAAAUCUGAUAUUUCACACAAUCAUUUUGAAGGUGUCUUGGAUCAUCUUGUCUCUCGAGUUAACAGAAUAGAGGAUCUCUUUUUGAAGUUUGAGGAAAGUAUGCUGAAGCCCAUUAACAGCAUUGAUGUGAGGCUCCAGCGAGUUGAGCAGCAACUUGAUGUGCUCACAAAGAAAACUGAGAACUCUGCUCUGCUUUCUGGCACAAGAAUUUCUGCUCCUGAGUUUUCAUGCAGUGAAUCAGAGACCAGCUCCUUCUAUAACAGUGGGAGUGGGGAUUCUGGUUAUAUGGCAUGUGAAACAAAUAAGAGCCAUUCACCUUCACCUCUGACUUCCAUUCUCGCUGAUGCCACCCCUGUUUCAGUAAAUGACACAAAGUUACAACCUGGUCUGGUAGUCACUGCUCCUGAGUUCUCAAAUUAUGAUGAUGAGUUAGAAGAUCAUGCUGUAGAAUCAGUGAAGGAAUCUCCGAAGGUUAAACAAAAGCAUGCUAUGUCAAGUGAUGAUGCUUUAGCAUAUGCACUUGCUGGAUUCUUGUCUUCGACUUCAAUGCAGUCCCAGAAAUAUUCUCAAACUUUUGCAUUUAAGGCUCCUGAUUUUCCAAGUGAAGAAGAAAACACCAAUGAGAAAGCAGCUCCACCAGUGGUUGAAUCUGAACUAAAUGUAGACCCUUCCCCUUAUUUCAGUGAAUCUGAUGGGACAGAGCACAUGGGAAUUUCACUUUCUUCUGUUUCAAAUGUUACUACUCUAAAGGAUGAUGAGAAUGUGAUGAGAUAUCUUGAUGAUAAUAGAUCUUUGAAAAUGGCCGUGGGAGUUGAUGAACAAUGCCAACAUAGCGAAGGGGGAGAAAGUGAUUCACAGGACAUUUGUGUUGGCCAUGCAGUUGCACCAGCCACAUAUGAUGUUGCAGCAGCCUCAUAUGAUGUUGCGGGUACUCAUUCAUAUCAGAUGAAUCACGGCAUAAAGGAUGGAGAAGCUGGCAAUGGAUCAAGUGACAUUUUUGAUCUACGGAAAACCUGAAAGAAUUUUCUGUAGAUCAGCCUAAUGAUGGCCUUGUUACUAUCCAGGUAGUAGCUGUUUCAAAUGAAUUGGUUGCUUGUACAGAAGGCACAGAAGAAGAGUCUAAACAAGACAUUCCGCAGAACAUUGUUGAUCUCUCAUGCGCUUCUUCCAUAGUAGAUUUUGAAUCUCCAAUCCUGAAGUGAAAUUUGUUUCUCAAGGAAACUCGGGUAUCAAGCCUCCCCUUGAAGCCCUUUUGGCUGGCAUGCCAGACCUGGAAGUUGAAGUUCCUUCAGUUACGGAAGACAAUAAUGAUGGUUCUGGAAUUGGCCAUCAGUGCAACUUGAUUUCAGUUGAGGAUUUUGGGGCUAUAUACCCCCAUUUCAGUGGAUAUGGAUUAUCACCGUCUAAAUGAGACGCCUUCGAAUAUGGAAGCUGAUAAUCUACACGACUGUUAUACAAGCAGCGGCCAGGAAAUGCCAGCUUCACGUCUGAUAUGAGAAUGAGCUGUUUCUGUUGAUAUGUAGAGGCUAAGCUGUAUACAAGUACUAGUAGCCCGCCAACUGUUAUCUUCUUCCACUGAUUUGCCCCUUCAUUUCUA